GGCGGCGGCUCGGGGCUAGGCGCUCGGCGGUCGCUCGCUCGCUUACCGGCGGGCGGGCGGCGCGAUGUCGGGCGAGGACGGCCCGGGGGCGGGCCCCGGGGCAGCGGCGGCCGCGGCCCGCGAGCGGCGGCGGGAGCAGCUGCGGCAGUGGGGGGCGCGGGCGGGCGCCGAGCCGGGCCCCGGGGAGCGGCGCGCCCGCACCGUGCGCUUCGAGCGCGCCGCCGAGUUCCUGGCGGCCUGCGCGGGCGGCGACCUGGACGAGGCGCGCCUGAUGUUGCGCGCCGCGGACCCCGGCCCCGGCGCCGAGCUCGACCCCGCCGCCCCGCCGCCCGCCCGCGCGGUGCUCGAUUCCACCAACGCCGACGGCAUCAGCGCCCUGCACCAGGCCUGCAUUGACGAGAACCUGGAGGUGGUGCGCUUCCUGGUGGAGCAGGGCGCCACGGUGAACCAGGCAGACAACGAGGGCUGGACGCCCCUGCAUGUGGCCGCCUCCUGUGGUUACCUGGACAUCGCCAGGUACCUCCUGAGCCACGGGGCUGACAUUGCCGCCGUCAACAGCGAUGGGGACUUGCCCCUGGACUUGGCCGAGUCGGACGCCAUGGAGGGGCUGCUGAAGGCGGAGAUUGCCUACCGAGGUGUGGACGUGGAGGCGGCCAAACGGGCCGAGGAGGAACUGCUUCUUCGUGACACGAGAUGCUGGCUGAACGGGGGCGCGAUGCCCGAGGCCCGGCACCCCCGCACGGGGGCCUCUGCCCUGCACGUGGCAGCCGCUAAGGGCUACAUCGAAGUGAUGAGGCUGCUCCUUCAGGCCGGCUACGACCCAGAGCUCCGGGACGGGGACGGCUGGACCCCCCUGCACGCCGCGGCCCACUGGGGUGUGGAGGACGCCUGCCGCCUGCUGGCCGAGCACGGUGGAGGCAUGGACUCGCUGACCCACGCGGGCCAACGUCCCUGUGACCUGGCUGACGAGGAGGUGCUGAGUCUGUUGGAGGAACUGGCCCGGAAGCAGGAGGAUCUGCGGAACCAAAAGGAAGCUUCUCAGAGCAGAAGCCAGGAGCCCCAGGUGCCUUCCGGCGGCAAGCACCGAAGGAGCUCCGUGUGUCGUCUGAGCAGCCGAGAGAAGAUUUCCCUCCAAGAUCUGUCCAAGGAACGCCGGCCUGGGGGGGCAGGGGGGCCCCCCAUACAUGACGAGGAUGAGGGAGAAGAAGGCCCCACAGAGCCACCCUCCACAGAAUCCAGAACUCUCAACGGAGUGUCUUCUCCACCACCCGCUAGCCCUCCGAGCCCCAUGCCCCCAGAAGAGGCCCCCUUCUCCAGGCGCUUUGGCCUCCAGAAGACAGGAAGCUCUGGUGCCCUGGGUCCCACAGACAGGCGGGGGGCCGAGGGCACCCCUGGGGCUGGGUUGCAGCGCUCAGCCUCGUCCUCUCGGCUGGAAGGGACCUCCCCGCAGGCUGAGGAGCCCCGCCUCGCCAGAGUUACGCCUACCCCCUCCCGUAAGGUGCCGGAGCCCUGUGCCCUGUCUGAGAUCUCCAGGCGUCCUCCCUCGGAUGACCCCACUCCUCCCUCCAGAAUUCCGGGGCCCGAAUCCCCAGUGAAGCCAAAUAUCCCUGCGGCCCCCACGGCGCCCCCAGCCGACUCCCGGGACCGGCGGAGGUCCUACCAGAUGCCUGUGCGGGAUGAGGAGUCUGAAUCUCAGCGGAAGGCUCGCUCUCGGCUCAUGCGUCAGUCUCGGAGGUCCACACAGGGUGUGACUCUCACCGACCUGAAGGAAGCAGAGAAGGCAGCAGGGAAGACCCCAGAGCCAGAGAAAUCGUGCCUGGACCCCUCUCGGAGGCCCCGAGUCCCGGGGGUGGAGAACUCUGAUGGCCCUGCCUUGAGAGAGGCGCCUGACGGGCAGGGUCAGGGACCACAGGCCACCAGGGAGCACCGCAAAGUCGGCAAAGAGUGGAGGGGGCCUGCGGAGGGGGAGGAGGCGGAGCCGGCCGACCGCAGCCCAGAGUCCAGGUACAGGGUGGGCAGGGAAGGGUCUGGGCUCUUCUGUAGGGCCACAGGGAGCCCCGCUGACGCCCUGCCUGCCUCCACCCCAGCACUUCCGAGGGCGGCCCUUCACCUCGCAGUCAGCGGCAGCGUGACUCCCAGCCAGAAUCGGACGAGCCCGAUGGAGGCUUCAGGAAGGUUUGCGACACCACCCACCCUCAAUCUGCCCCCGCGGUCGGCCUUUAUCCACCUGCCCUGCAGCUCUCUAUCUGUGGUUCUGCUUGUGUAUCCCUGCUCUCCACCCUUCCCCACGUGGGCCGGCAGGACUGACCUGCGCUCCCUGUCCGGUUCCCCCCAGCUGUACGCAGAGCUGCGCAGCGAGAACGAGCGGCUUCGCGAGGCCCUGACCGAGACCACGCUCCGCCUGGCGCAGCUCAAGGUGGAGUUGGAGCGCGCCACGCAGAGGCAGGAGCGCUUUGCAGAGAGGCCUGCCCUCCUGGAGCUGGAGAGAUUCGAGCGCAGGGCCCUGGAGAGGAAGGCGGCCGAGCUGGAGGAGGAGCUGAAGGCCCUGUCCGACCUCCGGGCUGACAACCAGAGGCUCAAGGAUGAGAACGCAGCCCUGAUCCGCGUCAUCAGCAAACUUUCUAAGUGACUCUGGCGGAGGACCUUUCCCCGUACCCGUAUUUAUACAGCUGCUUCUGCCACACGCACCCCUUCCCCUGUGUGAGCACGAGUGACAGGGCUCCCAGGGGGUCUCUGAGAAGCCAUAGCCUCCCUUCGGGGCCUCCAGACUGGGAGGGGAGCAGAAUCCCCAGGAGCCGAGGGGGGCCACCCGAGGCCAGGAUGGAGGUCAGAGGCCGAGCCAGGUAGGGGGACGUGGUUGAGGGGGGCCCGGGACCGGAGGUUGGGACCACGGAGGAACCGCGGACCAGGAAGUGCCAGGACCGGAGUGGCCACCCGGAGGUCCCCCCCCUCACGUGUGAUGCCACCCCAGUCACCCCUCCCGCUCCUGAACAGGGAUCCGAGAAUGUGCCAAGAGUCCCGCCAGCCUGGGCCAGGUGGGCCUCUGUAUAGGGCCCGUGUGCAAUAGGGAGGGAUCUCUAUUUUUUGCUGCCCCCGCCCCGCCCACUGUCAGGGGCAGGGGGAGAAGAUAUUUUCGAGACAAAGCACAGGCACCACAAAUAAAAGUCGUGAAGUUGCCACUCA